GUUAUAACUGUAUUGGUUAAUUGCUCUGUUUAAAAGCUUAAGUUUUAUUUAAUUAACACAUAACUCAUGUUUGCUAAAUAGCAACAUAUAUUAUAUACACAAGUAAGAAAAUAAUUGUGCAAGCACCUGUAGGCCUUGCUCUAUAUUUUAAAAAGAUGGGGAGAUUUAUCAUAAUUUCCUUUGUGUACACUUUUUUUUUUGUCUGUGGUUGAUGACACAACCACUAUAACUAUACUAUCUAAAGAUCAGUGAAUAUAAAAAGGAGAUGAUUAAUUUGCCACAAGGAAAUAAAAGGCUAAAGGAAACUAAAGGCAACAGGCACAAUAAGAGAUUCAGCUUAGAUGAUGAAACAGUGCUUUCUCAGAUCGUCAGUGUAAGAAGAAUGGAAACUCAAAAUUCUGUCAGUUCAGCUCUUGAUAGCGGAGAGAGAACAAGAGAAAAUCACAAACCAGGAGGAUCAACAAUCUACAAGUUGGUUGGAAUCAGUUUCGGCCUGCUAUGUGUCAUACAAUCAUCACUCAAUGUCUAUAUGUGGCUACAAGUCGAUGAGAAUUCCAACAAAUCAAAAAACAGUUCAACUGGCAAUUUUACCUCAGUGUCAGCUGAUGACAUCAGAGGAGUGCUUUUAGAGAGAGACCAAAUUCUUCGAGAGAAAGAGCAGCUGAAUCAAUUUAUAGAUCAGCUGCUGCAGGAGAAAGACAAACUGCUUGAAGAGAACAGUCAACUGAAUCGAGAUAAAAAUCAGCUCAUUCGAGAGAAAGACAAACUGCUUGAAGAGAAGGCUCAGCUGAAUCGAGAUAAAAAUCAGCUCAUUCAAGAGAAAGACAAGCUGCUUGAAGAGAAGGCUCAGCUGAAUCGAGAUAAAAAUCAGCUCAUUCAAGAGAAAGACAAGCUGCUUGAAGAGAAGGCUCAGCUGAAUCGAGAUAAAAAUCAGCUCAUUCGAGAGAAAGACAAACUGCUUGAAGAGAAGACUCAGCUGAAUCGAGAUAAAAAUCAGCUCAUUCGAGAGAAAGACAAACUGCUUGAAGAGAAGGCUCAGCUGAAUCGAGAUAAAAAUCAGCUCAUUCGAGAGAAAGACAAACUGCUUAAAGAGAACAGCAGACUGAAUCAAGCCCUACUAAACCUUCCAAGUUGUUCCCCGGAAUGGAAAAGAUUCAGGUCAAGCUGCUACCAAAUUUCCUCUUUUGAAUCCACCUGGGAGGAUGCCAAACAAAACUGUGAGAGGCAUGGAGCUCAUUUGGUGAUUAUCAGUGAUGAUGCAGAAAAGGAUUUUGUCGGUUCUUAUGGACAGGCUGUACAUUUUUGGAUAGGCUUGAAAUAUCAGUGGAACUACAUGAGCAGUAUGUGGACAUCGAAAUGGGUGGAUGGAAGCCAACUGUGUUAUAACAACUUCAGAGAAACAUCCUCAUUCUCAUCCUCUACACCCUGGAAUUCCGCCUACACAUGUGCGUACCAAAGUGCAACUUGGUACAUUUGGUAUACUGCUGAAUGUAGCAAAAUCUACUACUGGAUGUGUGAGAAGGAGUUAAAAGUUCUAGCUUGACUUCAGUCAACAGAAACAAACACAAACACACACACACACACACACACACACACACACACACACACACACACAGGUGACAUCACAAGCACUUGAUAGGGCCAAGGAACAUCACAGAAUAAUCUCCAGAAGUUGAUUCUGUUCAUCUGGACGCAGCGUUUUCAGUGGGA